AAGAGAGGGAGAGAAGCAGCUGUUGGAGGAGGAGAGUGAGACAAAGAAGGAGCGGGGGGCUGUCCUUACUUGCUCUUCACUGUGAGGACUGUAUGUGGGAGGAGGCAGAGCUGGAGAAAGAAGGGGUACAAGAAAGGAAAAGAGCAAGCAGGGACUGAGCAGUAUGUUUAGUGUGUAAAGAGGCAGAUCCAUCUGCUACUGAGUGUUUUGUAUAGUUGUGUAGGCAGCCUCUUCACCGGCCUCUCCUGUGCUUGCACAACCUGGGCUGAGGGGGACCAUGCAGCAGUGGUGGACUCUUCCCUGGCUCUGUGCUCUCCUGCUGGGGCUGAUGGGACUCCGGGUGUCCGGCUCAGACUUCCAGCAUCACCGGUAUGAGGACAUGGUACGAGCCCUGUUUGCAGUGCAGAACGAAUGCCCCUACAUCACACGCAUAUACAGCAUCGGGCGCAGCGUGGAGGGGCGCCACCUCUAUGUGCUGGAGUUCAGUGAUAACCCAGGCAUCCAUGAAGCAUUGGAGCCCGAGUUCAAGUACGUGGGCAACAUGCACGGCAACGAGGUGCUCGGCCGGGAGCUUCUCAUUAAGUUCUCACAGUUCCUGUGCGAGGAGUAUCGGGCCGGAAACCAGCGGAUCAUGAGGCUGAUCCAUGACACGCGCAUCCACAUCCUGCCCUCCAUGAACCCUGAUGGCUAUGAGGUGGCUGCCAGACAGGGUCCAGAGUUCAACGGCUACCUGGUAGGUCGAGGAAACUCCAGAGAAAUCGAUCUGAACCGCAACUUUCCAGACCUGAACGCCCUCAUGUACUACUACGAGAAAACCAACGGGCGAAACCACCACCUGCCACUGCCGGACAACUGGGAGCAUCAGGUCGAACCAGAGACUUUGGCGGUCAUCAAAUGGAUGCAAAACUACAACUUUGUUCUGUCGGCGAACCUCCACGGAGGAGCUGUGGUGGCCAAUUACCCCUUCGACAAGUCAAGAGACCCCCGCAUCCGAGGAAGGACCACUUAUGCAGCCACUCCAGAUGACAAAAUCUUCAGAAAGUUGGCGAGGACCUACUCGUACGCUCACAGCUGGAUGCACAAAGGCUGGAACUGCGGAGACUUCUUUGAUGAGGGUAUCACCAAUGGAGCCAGCUGGUACUCUCUGUCCAAAGGCAUGCAGGACUUCAACUACCUGUACACAAACUGCUUCGAGAUCACUCUGGAGCUGAGCUGCGCUAAGUUUCCUCCGGCGUCAGCACUGCCCAGAGAAUGGCUGGGCAACCGAGAAGCCCUGGUUUCAUACCUGGAACAGGUGCAUCAUGGGAUAAAAGGCAUGGUGUAUGAUGAGAACAACAAUCCUAUUGGAAACGCUGAAAUCUCAGUCUCUGGCAUCAACCACGACGUGACCAGCGGAGUGGAUGGUGACUAUUUCAGACUCCUGCUACCAGGAACCUACACCGUGACAGCCUCUGCAUCAGGUUACCUCCCGUCUACCAGCACUGUCACAGUGGGACCCGCUGAGGCCAUACAGCUUCAUUUUUACUUGAAAACAGCACCGAAACAAAACCUGAAAGGAAAGCCCCACCAUGGAAAGAAGAACCUCUCGUCUCCGAAGGCUCCCUUGAAGCUCGGCCCGAGAUGAGACAUGGACAAUAAACUGAGACGUCACACAAAACACACGUACACUGAAGAUGUCACACAAAACACACACUCACGUACACGUACAAAUUAUGGAAAUGAAAAAUGACCAUAAUAUACCUUUGUAGUCCUAGGGUUAUAUAUGUCAAACCUGUCUGUUUGUUUGUUAAUAAGUAUAAACUGUGUGUCUGUGUUAAGGAAUUGGUGCAAGCCUGGUGUAUUUAUGUAACAGUGUUGAUUUGUAUGAACACAGCUACCCUGUAUUUGUAAAGGACUUUUUUUUGUUGCUUUGAUUACUAUAAUUUGAUGACAGCUGAAAGUGGAAAUAAAAGAAUGUUUUUACUGUCA